CCUGCCACGGCUCCCAUUGCCGCGUCUGCGCCAUCUGCCAGCUGUGUGAUUGUAUAUACAGUACAGCAUCACCAUCAGCAUCAUCACCAUCAUUAACAUCAAGGCUUCAUCAGUGUCAUCAUCGACUCGUCAUCAUAGACUCCAUCAUACACCGUCAUUAAUUGCAUCGGUUCAACGUCGUACACACAGAUUCAUCAUCAUAAUCGUCAACGUAUGUGUGCCGUAAUUCAACAUUGCCAUAAUUAUUUUUGCAUAAUCAUCAUCUUAAAGAAAACGUCAUCAUCGCCAAUAUAAUCGUUGGCGUUUAUUAAUAAUCGCCCAUCUUCAUUGAUUCAUCACCGAAGAUCAUCGCAGGUACAGCAUCACCACCCACUAUUUUCAGCAUAGAUUCCUCACAAUCGUAGAAUAAUCAUUGUCGAAGAUUGAUAAACAUCAUUCAUCAGCAUCCUCUACGACAGUCGCUGUUCACUGCUGCUUCUCGACAUUGUAGAGCCACGGUCACCGCCUGGGUCCUGUGACUCCAUGGUCUUCUUGCUGCUCGCUGGAGGAGGACGAGGAGUAGUAGGUGGUGGAGGAGGAGAAGAAGGAGAAGAUAUUUGAGCAGAGUGAAGAUCAAGAGGCGAUGGAGGAGGCCUUGAAGAGCCUGGCCAAGGAGGCUAGCGGGAACAAGCACAGGGCUGUGAGGGAGGCGUGCUGCCUGGCUUGCGACACCUUGGACUCCCACACAAACGGAACUGAUAUCCCCCCACAUCAGCUCAGGGAGAAAUGCCUCACUCCUUUCAGACUGGCGCUAGAAUCCAAGAACACGAAGCUCUCGCAGUAUGCCUUGGCUGGAGUGCAGAGGCUGCUGGCCGAGGAGCGCUUUGUGUCGAGGCUACCCGAGGAGAAGGAGGAGCACCGUCUGCUCAGCCAGGUGCUGGAGACGGUGCACAGCACGCCGGCGCUGCACGAGGACCUGCAGGUGGAGGUCAUGAAGGUGCUGCUGUGUCUCGCCUGCUCGUCCACGUUUGAAUUGAACGGCAAGUCCCUACUGCAGAUCUCCGAGGUGUGCGUUGACACGUACGUGGCAAACAGCCACCUGCGUAGCACUAACACGGCCGUGCGAGCCACGCUCAGCCAGAUGCUGGGCGACCUGAGCCAGAGUCUGCGGCAGAAGCAGGAGGAGAUGCAGGAGGCAGAUGGAGAGAGAAACGAGGAGAAAGUCGCCAAUGCAGGAAACAUGAAACUGCUGAUGGCCCUGAGGGAUGAUGUGGUCUCGGUGCUCGCCAUUUUCUGUGACAAACUACAAGGAGUUGUGAAUGGGAGCCAACAGAUGCAACUGCUGUACCUUGAGUGCAUCCUGGCUCUGCUGAGCAACUUCUCGUCCAGCAUGCACAUCGAGCGCAGCUUCACCGACCUCGUGUGGAAGCAGCUGUGCCCCACUCUCGUGGUGCUGCUGGGAAACCCCAUGCAGGACCGGGUGGUCGCCUCCUCCCACAAUGCCUUGCAGCAGUCGGACGCAACGGGGGCGGCCGAAGCGUUUGUCGGGGGCGGCGGAAGCGGGUUCGUGGGGGGCGUCGCGGUCACGGGGGGCCCCAUUCCGCUGGCGGUGACGGUCAGUGACCAGGGAAGGGGCUCGGGCUGCUGCUGGACGGCGCCGGCACUGCUGGCCCCCGUGGUGCGCACGGUGUGCAGCCUGGCGGCCGAGCUGGUGCGGCUGGUGGGUGCGCUCGAGUCCCUGCGGCCCGUGCUGCAGUCGCUCUACCACCGCAUGUUGCUCUACCCGCCCCCGCAGCACCGCAUCGAGGCGCUCAAGGUCCUGCGCGAGAGUUUGUCGAGCCCCCAGCGACUGUUUGAGCUGGCGGCCCCAACCGUGCCGGAUGGGGUCACUCGCCGGAGACUCAAGCGCAAGACCCACCUAGACCUGCUCAAGCUCAUAAUGGAUGGGGUGAGCGAGGCGUGCGUGAAGGGUGGCGUGGAGAGCGGCUGCGCUGCCGUCUCCUGCGUCUGGGCGCUGUUGGGCUCCCUCGACUCGCUGAGCCGCGGGCAGGGCCUCUGCGCGGACCGGGCCGCCUUCCUGCUGGCUCAACGCGAGCAGCUCAGCGACGGCUGCCCAGACGCAGGCACGGCCGCGAGAGGAGGAGGAGGAGGCGGGAAUGGCAGCGGCGGCAGCGGCGGUAGCAGCGGGGGCAGCGCGUCGGAGCUGCGGCUGAGCCGGCUCUACGCCUCCGAAUUCCCGUCGCCGUCGGAGCCGUGCGAUGAGCGCGCUGAGCGCAGCCCCGACAUCAGCAUCAGCGUGGCGCGUGACACGAGCGACGAGGCCCUCGGCGAGCAGGAGCGUGAGACCCCGAGCGAGGAUGCCGCCAGCCUCGACAGAGAAGGACACACAGGGGGCGGCGGUGGCGGUGGUGGCGGGGGAGGGGGAGCAGGAGGAGGGGGUGGGGGCAGCAUUAUCAGUGGGAGCUGUGGGGCCGAGUCGAGGCUGGAGGAGCGCGGACACAGCAUCCACCUGCCCACUGAGGUGAUCAGCAACCUACUGUCGGUGAGCUCGCGCCUGCGCUGCGUGCCGGCCUCCGUCUCGGGCAUGGGCGGCGUGGCGUGCGGCCACGACGACCACGACCUGUGCCGCGCCGAGCUGGACUCGUGCGACCGCUACUCCAUGCUGGUGGAGCGCGACUCGGCUCGCUCCGACCUCUCCGAGCUCGGCUCGUCCGAGAACAUUUCCCUCGCCGACGACGACGGCACGGCCGGAUCCGCCGGCUCUUGCGCGGUGGCCGGCGGCGGCUGCGGCGGGGGCGGCAUCGGCAGCGCAGGAGGGUUAGGAGGAGCCGGCGGCGGCGGCGGUGGCGGCUCUCACCACACGCACCACGGGCGGCUGUCGCAGAAGCUGCUGCGCGACAUGGAGGCGGAGUGCGAGAACGCGCGUCUCUUCGUGCACGCGCUCGCCUCGGUGCUGCCCCGCAUGCUGCAGGCCGCCAGCGCAGAGGACAUCGACCAGCAGCUGCAGACGCUGGCGUCGAACUUCACCACCGGGAUGCUGGCAUCGUCGAGGAGCCGAGCGGGCCGCUCCGCGCCCAACCACCUGCUCCUGAACGGGGACAGCCUCUACGCGCUGUCUCUGCUCACCCUGCUGCUCAACCUCAAGCUCGUCCACGCCGAGUAUUACCGCGGACGGUGCGCACGUGCACCCGUCUCUCAGAGGGAGUUUGCCCAGCAGCUGCAGUGCAGCGGAAUCAUGCUGGUGCUGUCCAACACGUGGCUGGAGGAAGUUUACAACCAGGUGCGGCAGAGGAACCUGCUGGGCGAGGCGGGCUACCGGAGCAGCACGCAGGAGAACGCGUCCGCCCUCGUCACCAUGCUCACCGAUCUGGACGGACUUGGGAGCAACUUGAUCGGAGGACAAAUGGUGUUCGAGGUGUCGGGUCACUCUCCCCUGGCCUGCAACCGCUACGCCGAGGCUCAGUGUGACUCCGUCUCAGCUGGCGCCAGCUUUGCGCGCACCAUCCUGGUGGGCUGCUGGCGGAACCUGAUCGACAUCCUGUCGGCGCCGCUGGGCGGCUGGAGCAGGGGCGGCACACGGGGGCUCUCGGCCCUGCUGGGCGGCGACGGCGCUCGCGAGCAGCGGCAGCGCGAGCGCGAGGCCGUGUGCCUGAGCCUGGACGGACUCCGCAAAGCCGCGCGGCUCAGCUGCCAGCUCGGAGUGGCAGCGAACUGCGCCUCGGCGCUGGCUCAGAUGGCCGACGCGUCGUGCGUGCUCAGCGACCGGGACGAGCGCGAGAUCACGGAGCCAUCCGACUCCAUCUCCCACGUGAGACAGAAGGUAGAGCAGAAACUUGAGCAGAUGGGCCGCCCCGCCGGCGUGAGGCUUCACGCGGCCCACGCCCUCUGCAUGGAGGCCAUACUGGACGUAGGGCUGGAGAUGGGGAGCCACGCGUCCGAGUGCUGGCACCACGUCUUCCGUGUGUGCGAGUACAUCAGCGCGCUGGAGCACAGUCACUUCUGCGAGGGCGGCACGUCGACCUCGCGCGGUUUCACGCGCCCGCCGCGCGACGCUGACCCACUGGCGGCGACGAGUCCCGGCCGCCUCCUGGACGAGCCGGGCUCCCCUGGCCACACGCCCGGCCCCGCGCCCGGCCUCGGAUCCUCCGGCUUUCCCGGGCCCUUCCCCGGGCCGCAGAGCCCGAGCGUGCAGGAGCUGAUCGGGGACAACGCCGUGAGACCCCGCGGCAGCUUUGAUUUUGGGGGAAACGGAGGCGUCCUCACCCCGGCCAACAUGGCCAAGGUCAUCUGCAGCCUGUCCACCGAGGUCGACCGGCUAUUUGAGGAGGCGGCGUACAAGCUGAACCUGGCCGCCCUCGUCGGUUUCCUGCAGCAGCUGCGUCGCGCGUCGCAGGCCCAGCUAUUCGACUCGGUGGCAGAGAGCACUGACUACGCCCUCGCCAUGCCAGUUCUGUGCUGUGCCGAGGGGGUGGCAAGGUCGACACAGGGCCGCCGCAGCGCCCUGCACCUCUUCCGGCUGGGCGACACGAUGCUGCGUGUGGUGCGCGAUUCGCGACGCCCGCUGCUGCACCUCUUCCGCACAUGGGCCGUGGUGGCGCCCCACCUCGUCGAGGCCGCCUGCCACAAGGAGCGGCACGUAUCCCAGAAAGCCGUCUCCUUCCUGCACGAUAUCCUGACCGAGGUGCUGUCGAGCCGCAGCGAGCUGCCCCACUUCCACAUGGGCGAGGCGCUCUUUCGGCCCUUCCAGCACAUCAUGCAGCUGGAGCUGUGCGACGAGGACGUGCAGGACCAGGUGAUCACAUCGAUUGGGGAACUGGUCGAGGCCUGCGCCUCGCGCAUCCAAUCGGGGUGGAGGCCUCUGUUUGGGGCCCUGCGCACCGUCCACGCCAGCCGGCCGGACGCCAAGGAGUACCUCAUCGGAGAAUACACCAUGGGGAAGUCGCGGGCUCCUGUCUUCGACGUGUUCGAGGCGUUCCUGAGCACAGACAGCGUGCAGGUGUUUGCCAACGCAGCUGUCGACUGCAUCCUCUGCCUCAUCAAGUUCGUGCAAGGCCUGGGGGAGGGCGAUGGCCGGGAGUCAUGUUCGAACGCCCAGGGUUCCUCUGGAUACUCCUCACUCGGCCUGUGCCUCCCAGCCCUCGACUACCUCCGCCAGUGCUCGCAGCUGCUGAGUAAGAUCUAUGAGAUGCCGUCGCGGCCGAUGUUCCACGGCGCUCAUCUCGCCGGCCUCACCUUGCACGGCGCGGAGACGGGCACCGGCACGUCAGAGGACAGCCCCGACACACCCGAGACGCCCGGCGAGUUCGACGACGGCUCCGGCCUCGUUUGUGUGUGGAGCCUGCUGCUGGAGCACCUGGCGUCCGCGGUGUCCGCGUGCCCUCGGCAGAACCAGCCCCCUACCCUGAGCCUGCUCUUCUACCUGCUAAGAGCCGUCGCCCAUCUCCCAGGCCCCAAGUUUGGCAUGUACGCGGUGACGCACCUGCUGCUACCCGUCAUGACGCUGUGGCUCCAGCGCUCGCACAGCAGCCAUGCCUACUGGGAGGAGGCGGCCGCCAACUUCAAGCACGCGAUCGGCCUCUGCUCUGAGCUUGUCGUGGAGCACGUGCACAACUUUACGCAGAUGGAGAUCGGCUUUGAGGGCAUGGUGAGCGCGAUGCUGCGCCAGCUCUUCCGCCUGCUCGUCGCCUGCAUCUCCGAGCCCGCAGAGGCCAUCUCCCGCGUUGGCUGCUCCUGCAUACGCUACUUACUCGUGUCUGCGGGUCCAGUCUUCACGGAUGAGAUGUGGAAGCUUGCUUGCUCCGCGCUCCAGGAUGCGUUUGCAGCCACGCUGCAGCCCGUGAAGGACCUGCUCUCCUGCUUCCAGUCGGGCUCCGACAGCUUCGGCGGGGACGCGUGCGAGGUGAAGGUGGCGGCCCCUCACCACUCGGACAGCGUCGAGGCCGAGUACUGGAGGAUCCGCGCCAUGGCUCAGCAGGUGUUCCUGCUCGAGAGCCAAUGUGUGGCCAAGACGCCCAGCAGCAAGGAGGGGCUGGAGCACGCACAGUCGUGCGUGCUCAUCAUCGAGGUGCUCUCGCACGCCGGUACUCGGGCCUCCCUGCAGAAGCGGAUUCCCUUCCGGAGCAUCGUGGUGCGGCUGCUGUCGCACCAGGUGCUGCUGCAGAACCUGCUGGAGCUGCUGCUGCUGGACGAGCCGGCGGUACCGCCGGGCUCGGGGUCGCGCUCGCUGGAUGGCUCGUGUGACGAUCACUCGCCCGUCUCCGUGGUGGCUCCGCUGCAGGUGGUGACAUCGGCCCCGUUCCUGCGCCACAUCUCCAUGCUGAACCUCUCGCUUGUAUUCGACCUGCUGCUUGACUCGUACCGAGCGGCGCGCGACUUCGACACGAGGCCUGGCCUCAAGUACCUGCUCAUGAAGGUGUCGGGCAUGGGCGCGCCCGCCAACCUCUACCGCCAGGCGGCCAUGAGCCUGGGCGUGUACGGACAGGCGCUGCUCGCCGCCCUGCAGCUGCUGGCGCGCGAUGACCUCAGUGCCGAGCAAGUGAAGCGCAUCGUGGCGGAGCUCGAGCAGGAGGACAAUGAGAGCUCCGACUCAUCCCUGGGAUCUCCAUCGGACGAGGAUCAUCAACAGCAGCAGCAGGAAGAGGAGGAUGAGGAGGAUGAGCAGCCACCAGCAGCCCCGAUCAUCACCACAUCUACCACCGUGGUGACCCCACUCUCCGUAUUGGCGGCAGCACCGCCGCAGCCGCCGCAGCCACCGCAGCCACAGCCGGCUCGGCGGCAGCGCGGGGUGGGCUCGCGUGUCACGCCGCAGCACCGGCGCGCGCCCUCCCUCGGCGUGCAGCCCGCGAACAACGCCGACUGGUGCUGGCUGGUGAAGCGGCUGCACCGCCUGUGCCUCGAACUCUGCCAGACGUACAUCCAGAUGCACCUGGACCUGGAGGGCGCCGCGGACGGGGACGGAGUGUCUGGGGCGGCGGGGGGGGGCGGCAGGGGCGCGGUGGCGCCCGAGACGCUCUUCCUGCUGCCCGUGUUCCCGCUGGAGCCCGCGGCGUCGUCCUUGUCGUCCACCAGCAAGGAGAGCUUCUCGUCGGGCGACACGGUGCGGUCGCUCGUCACCGAGGAGGUGGACGCCGAGAGAGCCGGUGGGGGUGGACCGCCCACGAGCCCCCGCGCCGUCGACGCCGACGCCGACAAAGACGGCAAGCGGCGGCAGCAGCGCGAGUGGUGGGAGAGCACGGGCGGAAAGAUCUACACAGUGGCCACGGAUCGCACCAUCAGCAAGCUCGUGGCUGAGUACAAGAGGCGCAAGCAGCAGCACACGCUGACGACCUUUGUGCGCGAGCCCACGCGCCCUGGCCCCGCCGCCAAUGCAGAUGGAUCCUCAGUGAAGAACCCGUGUCAGUCUACAGGAGGUCAGAGGUCGUCACUGGUGCUGAGCCCACGGCCGCAGCAGCAGACAGAGGGCACGACGGGCCCUGUUGCCCCGCUAGGAGGGCCCGGGCCUCCGUGUGAGGGCGUCCGUCCCGCCGGCCUGGCGGGGCUGCCGGGCCCAGGGGGGCUGGGCCCGCUGGGCGAGGGGGGGCCGCUCCCCCCAAGGCGAUCUUCGUCCACGAGUGGCCCCGAGACUCCGCGCUCGGAGCGCUUCCCGCGCAGUCGCUCGGCGAGCCAGAGCUCGGCUUCUCCGUCCGGAGCCUCGCGGGACUCUGAAGCUCAGCUGCAGGCGUGGACCAACAUGGUGCUCAUGCUGCUCAACCAGCUGCUGGGGCUGCCCGAGCCGGCGUUCGUUGCGCUGCAGCCGGCCAUCUUCCCCAGCCUGAGCCAGCUGACGUGCCACGUGACGGACUCGCGUGUGCGCCAAGCCGUGCGAGACUGGCUCGGCCGACUUGGCCGCGUCUACAGCAUCAUCGCGUAGCCUCUUUGCCCCCGCCACCCCCGCCGUCCUCUGCUCUUUUAACCCCAUUCCCGUUUCCCCACGCGCACACACGCACGCGCGUACACCUACACACACGCGCACUGCCCGGAGGGGUUCUGAGCCCGUUUGCCAGGCGUGCUGUGGCAUGCGCCUCGUAUCAGCACUUGGGAGGCAGGGGUUUGCAUCUCUCGUAUUCAGUCUCAAACCCUGCUGAGCUGCGAGGUGGCCAGAAGAUGGUCGUACGACAAGGUGGGUUCGUGAAACCAUCGUUGCACACAACUCGGUUAUUCUCUCGCUCUCGCAAACGUUGUUAGCAAGGGGUUGGCCAAACAUCUCUCAAUGCCAGGACCUUCCUGAAACUUGCUGAGACUUCCCUGAAUAUAUAUAGAAUAUUAUUAUUGCAUUAAUUCGUAAAAAUUCCACUGCAUAUAUUGCACAUAAAGCACACUUUCCCCAAAAAUAUAAUAUUUUGGAUUUAUAACAGAUUACUCACAAUAACACUGUUCGUGGGGACUCAACUAAUAAUGAACGAGCAGUUGUGUAGUCGUAAAUACAGGUGCAACGGAAUCCGCUUUACAGAAACGGCUUCCCCCUCAUGGACCCACUUGACGGAUCCCGUGCGGGGACGACCCCACACUGAUGCCUGCUGCCUCAUCGGGGAUUCUGAAUGUGCAAUUGAGUUGGGUACCUCCUUUGGGUAAAGAGGAGACUGGGAAAGCAGCCACAGUGUUGUGUAUAGAUACACUCGUCGUAAAAUAUCGGAUAAGGAUAUUUCUGUCAUGAAGAAAAAUUGCAGUUUUACAUUGCAAAUCCCAAAUCGCAACUGGAAUUUGGUGGGAAGCACGAUGAUGAAUUAAGAAUAUAAGAAUAUCACUUUGUAGGAAGAGUUAUCAUGAAGCACGACACUUGUGUCAUCAGUCUGAUGCAGUUGAAACUGUCUGGGCUUUCCUGCGUUGAACCUUGAGAUGGAUCGAUUGACGCACUUUUUCAAAUUUGCCAGAGGUGGUCUCUUGCUUAUGUAGUGACGCCGACACACUCUCUUGCUUUACUGAGAGCCUUUAUGUUGGACACAACACUUGAUGGAUGUGAAAAGUUCCAAUUUGAGAUGCCACAUCUCCAUACUCCGUUUUUCAUAGUGCACAGUUUUCAAUCAUGCGGUUUCAAACACGUUGCACUGUCUAAAGAGACACAUCCUGCAUGUGUCUCAGCAAUGUGCUGUGCACCCGUCUUCUGGAUUUAUUCUUUUAAGCCUUGUAACCACGUGGAAAAACGUGGCCGUGCCCUGAACAAUUUUGCAUUUUCGUAUCGGCCACCUAAUCAUGCGGUCCGUGCUGUGGCAAAGCGUGACAUGGGCGCUGAACCCUUGUUCUGUAGCAGCGGCGCAUUUCACUCGGAAUCCAUCCACGUUGAGCAAAGCCACUCCUGGGGACUGGCAGUGGCUUCGUGGCCUCUUGUGAUGAGAAAAGGGGGCUCACUUUCCACAACAACUACAACUUUCCAACGUUGUCCACCCCCACCUGUGGCUCGGGCUGCCUACUGAUCCAACCCCACGCCCACUGUGACGACUUCAGAAACACGCGUUUGGAGUAUUUGGCUCCUGCUGUAAAUUUCAACGUGAUAAGCCACUUCGUUGAGCGAUCAUUUGUGGCUAGGUCACUUCUGAUAUAUAAAAAGCUAUAUAGUUCAAGGGGCCUUACCUGGUAAAAUAGAAAUUGUCGAUUUCAGUUGUGUUUCUUUCUGUUGAACGAUUUGAAUACGUACAAAACAGCAGAGACAUUUUAUGAAGUGAAUAAUCCACGUCACUCCAUGACAUUCUUACUGCGAACCACCAAAUAGCGAUACACACGUUUACUGCCUUGUGUUUACUGCCAGUGCAGCAACAGCAGCCGUGUUGCUUGUGUGUAACAAAUUACCUUUGUUAUUUUUUUUUAUUGUUACACGAGGUAAUCCUCAUUUAGCCUUCAAAACUGACGCUGAGGGAUAAUGAUUGGGCUGUGGGACCAAUUCCUUGAGUGUUUUAAUGCACGUUGCAUAAAAAGGGGAGUUGUGAGGAGAAACCAGAGGCACGUGAAUGGAGAAUGCUCAAUAUCGCAUGGACAGCCGGUCGUGAACCUACUUGCUGUACUGCCCCCCCCCCCCCCCCCCCCCACGGGCACAAUAUUACUAGCCAGAAGGUGGGUGUCUGCUCACAAAAUCCAGAGCAUGUAAAAUAAAUUGGUUGCCAUGUCCAAAUGCGAUCGAACAAGGCCAUAGAAUGUUCAGUAUUUCUUCGUCGUGUAAAUUUGGAGCCACAACUAAAAUGAUCAUGGGUAAAGGUGCAACCUGGAUUACAUACAUCUGCCUGGCUAUAUCCUGUGAGUGUGUGCACGAGUGUGUUUUCCCAUGACAAUGACGUCUUUUUUUUGCAAAAAUCGGUGUUAUCUUAAUUACCAGGGUGUCUUCUGCUGUAAAACGGUCGUUAAAGAUGCUGAAGAUCCCUUAAUAUCAAGUACUCUCUGUACUGCGGUGUCCCUUAAGUAGAUUCUUACCACUGUAUGAAGUAUAAGUUAACAUCAAAGCAACAGACUUUCAUUGAUAUAGUCAAACCAUUGAUUUGGUUACAGGUCAUUGGCAAUCACAGCCAGGAAAAAACAUGGAAUUUAUUUGAUAUCAGUGCAUACGAAUGCAUACGAGAGAAUGGCUUGACGACGACACAAGAGGGGUUGGUGUCAGAAAAAUGUGGCCGCUGCUUGAGCAUAUUGGCACAAGACAGAGGAAAGUGGAAACCAGUGACGAAAUGUGCAGUGGACACUUCCGGGGCUAUCUCCCAUGGAUCGCAAUGAGGCAUAUGAAUGUGAAAACAUAGCUACAUGGGAAAAAAACACAAAGCACAAACUAUACCGUUCGAGCUUGCACGAGCUUACGCUGCGCCGAUAAUCCCUAGUGAGUGUGAAGGUAGUAUACUUGUACCGUGUUGAGUUACUACUGCCAAGGAAUAUAAACAAACCCAACGGAGCUUCCUGUGCCUUUUGAAGCUGGUGGCUUUAAAUCGGGAAGUGUGCACGCAUAUUCUUAAACCAUUAGGCUUACAAGUUACACUGGGGUCAUUUCCUGUAAUCUAAUGCAUUUAAAACAAGACUUACCGAAAGACCCAAAGAAUAAGACUUAAAUGCGCAAUGGAAAGCUGUGGAACUCCCAAAUCCCAUUUGGGUAUGGCCAGGCAACGGCAGUACAGCAAAUGGGUCGUUAACUUGCCCGUUCAGAUCUUUUUGCCGUUAUUUUCUUGUAAACGUGGGGUUUUUUUGUCUUCUACGUACUCAGGCUUUCUCGCAUACAUAAAAUACAUUCAAAGACUCCUAACCGUGUCAAUGGACAAACAUCCUCUUGUAAAGAUGCUCCUGAAAAAGUCUUGAUGCUCAGCGAUGCUUUCCUUUCAUACGUGAAUGCCGUACAUAAUAAUUGUUACAUAUUUUGGCUCUUGUCGUUGGGGUAUGUAUUCCGUCGUUUAACCUUUCUUACCGAUUUCUUGUCCAGCGGUGCCAAUGGAAGGAGCCUUCCCAUAGUCGGACAGCGCUUGAAAAGGGCAGCAGUGCCGAGCAUUUGCCCACAUUUUAGAACGGUGCCAAGUCGGCCCCAGUUUUUCUGUGUUUUUUUUGGCAGCGUUUGGUAUCUCAUCAUUAUUUGGAUGAAUUUUUGCUUUUAAUUUUUUUGCAUUUAUAAUGUUUUGGUCGCGUAUCUUUACUUCUCGUGCUUAAGCGGAUAUAUGUGACGGAUUCGGCUUUGUCUUUAAAAUUAUUUUUGUAUUGAUGUUUUUUUUUCAUCGGAGGUAAUUUCAAUUGGCUAAGCUGAUUUAGCCAUUUCAUGAGUUUCAAUGUUGUUGAAUAAUUCAUUGGCUUGUCUUUUUUUAUGUGCAAGGUCAUUUUGGUUUGUGUGUUUUAUUUACAGCUUUGUAUUUAAAUAAUGUUUUAUGCGAACCUUAAAUGUGCACGUUCCAUCAUCUGAUAACUUAUUUUUAAGACAGAUUUUACUGCAGCAGAAACAAAAGGAAAAUGUCUCGAAAUUAAUUACAUUCAUUUUCUGAGCUGGGAGUGUUUAUAUAGUCCAGGGGAACUUGUGGUUAUUAAUGUUGUAUAUGUAGACCAUUAUAAUGAAUCAGUAUUGAUGGUGUCAACCAAUGCCUAGCUUUGUAACGCUUGUUACUUUAAUAAUUUUCACCCUGCACAAAUAUCGUUUUAGGAACAUUUUUUAUGUUCCCAUUUCUUCACCCGCUACCCCCACCCUGACAUUGCCAAGAUUUCUGGCCAGAAGAGGGUGCACCAUGCCUGGCUUGCACGCUCUGCCGCAAAAGGUAGGGGGGUGGGUAGGGGCAGACAGCGAUAUGGGUGCAGAGUUGGAAAUUAUGUGACCAAAAAGUUUUGAUUUUAUUUAAAUAUCGGCUCCAGCUUUCGGUAAAUUAACGUAGUAGCGGUACACCGGUAGUGCGUCGGUAUAAAAAAAAAGCAAAUUUUUCGUAAUAAUUAUUUUCCCUUUAAUCGCAACCCCGGUCAUAAAAUCUUGCGGGGUGGUGCGUCAAAAUCAGUUCUCGUGAUGUCGAAGCAGUCGGAAGACGAGUGUUAUCAGCAGCUGAACACGAAGGUCCAGUCUGUCGCCGUACAGCAGCACCCAGCCUGGUGAUUAUCGGUGUUCCAAAGGCAAGAUUUGACUCCUGGUGCCCUAAACUCGGUCGGACGGUUCCUCGAUUCAUUUCCGGAAUCAUCUCUUUUUGUGCGGACGGUGGUAUCAAAAGAUGAUGACUCGUGGUGUCACACGUUGGAAUGGGGACAGCAGCUGCUGAAUCUGAGUGCAACUUCUGAUGGAGAGUCCUGGAGCUUGCUCAAGGGCAACAGCGACAUCGUCGAGACUGUUUUACGAGGACCGGUGUGUUAUGCUGCACCGGUGUACCGCCAAUGCGUCCAAAUUGUUUUUUUAAAGAAAAAAGUUGACCACUCAUACGUGGGUUAUCUCCAUGCACCCUGCUUUCCCCAUGCACAAUAUUAGUGGUAAAAAAAACUAAAUAUCUCCAACAAAACCCUCCCCAAACAGCAUUGAGAAUUCGGUGAGGCUCUGCUGGGUUAAGAUUUAAAAGCAUAACUGUAUGUACGUUGAACUUCUUUCGCACCUUACGAAGUCAACUGUGAUAAUCGGAGGUGUGGGGGAAGGACAAUCAACAACUAAUUUAGUUUAAAUAAUGUACUGUAUGCUGUUAGGUUCCCUUUUUACUCCGUCACAUCCUAUUAUUAAAUAGCGUUACUGUAUGUACAUAAGUGAACAGUCAUUUCGUUUGUAUUGUCCAUGGUUGUUGGUAAAAGCAGUGCUACAGAAAGACAUGAAGUUGAGUUUUAACAUUACAUUAAUUUAUUGCUAUUAUGACAACCAAUACGUUCAAUGAUUUAAGGCAUGUCGAUACUCCUCUUCUUCCUGUUGAUGACAACGUUUCCCAGACUACAAUAUUCUAUCCUACAUAACUUAUCCAGUUGUCAAAACACAAGACAAAGCUUACGAGGCAUGCACGGAGGUGUAUCAUCCGUCUCUGAAUGGCAUAGAUGGCAAUAGUGACCGGUUGGAAUCUCGGCAACACGUCCGUGAUAUCAUUAAGUUUCCAAAACAGAAAAUCUUGCGCGGCCUUUGGGAGCGCAAACGCACAGAAGCAUUCAAAACGAACUCCAGCCGAGAUGUUGGCAAACGAACUACCUGGGGUGAUGCACGAUCCACGAAGCCAUCGCCAUGGUGAUGGACAUGGGCAGGUGUAGAAGAAUUAAAUUAUAAGUCAUAAAAUCUUUACACCAGUUGUGCGUGUGUUUAGUUUUAAAUGACUUCGCUCAAACUGGCAACCCGAGUUUACGACAAUUUCGGUUGUCGCCAGCGCAGAGUUUCCCCGACCGUUCCCAGGCGCCGAGACUUCGAGGCCACGGCCUCCGUAAGUUUGCGCCGUUCGGCAAAAUCUACACGGAGCUCUGCUGCCGGUUCACUGUUCAUAGAUUGUCACCGUCAGCCGGAUUUAUGGCAGCUCGCAAGGCACAAACGUAGCGCUUGCGAGUGAUGGCAUUAGUGCCAUAAGAACGGUGCGAAUACCAAAACGUACUUCACUGCCACACCUUUACGGACAUCAAACUGCGAUGUAGAUCAAACUGCGGUUUACAGAACUGUCUUCAUCCGGUGACCAUGGAUUCCAUACUUGAUCAAUGUUGAUCCGGUACGUGGGAAUUAUUUUUAAGUUCGAAAAGCGGGUAAGCAAAGGGGACCCAUGUAUAAUAAUGUGAGGUGGUACGGAACAUGACCUCCCCCCCCGCUGCUGAAAAAGUGACCAGUGCCACCUGCCCCUGCAUUCCUGUAAAUGUUUAUUACCAUGAUACAUGUUUAUUAAAAUGAUGGCAAUGCAUUCCCAUACAUGUUUAUUAACAUGAUGGGAAUACAGUGAAUGUGUUCCUGGUCAAUUAAACCAUUAUGAAAUUUGGAGCUGUGAAUGAAAUUGUAGGGUUUGUGAGCAGAGGCUGACUGGCUGGCAUAAGCCACUCGUCUUGUGCGUCCACAGUCGCACAUCCGGCCAUCUCGUCCUUGUGGUUGCACCUGAAUGCUGCCGCCCGUGCUCCGUGAGAUAUGAGAGUUGUGAGUUACCCGACCGAGAAUUAUGUUAACAAUGUCCUGUGACGGCAACAGAGCGUGGUGCUGACCUGCAGGUCCGUGUAGUGUUCCUUUUGAGGACUGUCACAAAGGUGGGCUGUUUGUUCACUCGCCCUCCCAAGCGUGUUUAGGUCACAAGUUCAGUUCCCUAGCUGACCGACCCAGCUGAGUCACAGCACGUGGAUAAUGCCAGUUCCUGCAAGGCCCAUGAUCGUCAUGGGUUUCCUCUGGCAAUUGUGCCAUACGCUGGUUUGUUUGUCGUGCCUUGCAACGCUAAACAUUUUAUUGGCACGCUUUACAUCAUGUUCAUGAAUGUUAUCGAUGAAGUGGAUUGCCAAGUAAAAAUAUAUAUAUAUCUAUCUGAUUUACUCAGUUUUUCCAGCGACAUGUUCGACCGGUUAUUCUUUUUUUGCUUAAAAAAAUUACUUAACGUGCGUCAAAUGAAUAAAAACGAUAAAAUCAAGUGCUGGAAUAAAUCCACCUACAGAUACCCCUAAUCCCAACAUUGACCACGGAGAAAAGAAAUUAUAAGGCGGUGCACCUGCCAUGUUCUACAUUUCCUAUCACAAAUACAGCAAGAAAAGACGUACUUGAUUCAACAACUGCCACGUUUUGUUCUCUUACAAUUGGUCUAACAAUGUCCACGUGCUUACGUGGUCGUCGUGCUUUGUGAAAGGGUUACGAAUGGCCUUUUGUUGAAAAAAAAACAAUUUAGAACACAGCUAUUCGUUAACAAUCGUAACUUUUGUCGACUUUUAUACGGCUUGGCAAACUUAAACAGAAACUGGAACGCCAGUGCCUUAUUUUUUUGUCUGACUGGCAAGUGGCACUUUUACAGUCUUAAUACGUGAGACCGUAUUUAUGUGUGUGGAUUUACGUUUUCCCCGAUCGGCAGUGCUGCUUCUUUGCUUCCAAACCACUUUUGAUUCCACAAAGCAGUUUUUUUUAUAUAUAGAAAGGAAUCGGACGUUUUAAAUCGAGACUUCAUAUACAGUCAGCUAGCAGAAUUUCUAAUUGGCUCUUCUCGGUCAUGGGAUCGUAUUCCUCAGGUUCCUGAACACUUCACUGCCGUUGAUUGUAUUUGCAUGAAGUGCUUGUGCCUGCUGGUCCUUAAUGCUCUGUUUAGUCUGCUGUGGCCUGUGUUUUUUUAUGCACUCUUUUUUUUCCUCCUUUUUGCUGCAUCGUGUUCGGGGAAACACGCUUCCGGACACAAAUUGAGCCGAAUGUUUCGGAGGCCUUUCAAGAUUUGCGGGGUGGGGGGGGGUGAUGUUAACGGACCACACCAGAGCACGGCGUAUUUCCUUAUCAUAUGGCCCAGGUGUUAUGGAAGAAACUGCCAUUUUUCUUAAAUUUUACCUGACAAACUUUUUCAUGGCAUGAAUUUUAGUAUUCUUAGCAAAUAUGUUGGACUACGGUUACCUGCAUUGUGAAAGAGGUGGAAGGGAUUGUUUAGUAUAAGAGUUGGGACUGACAAUUGUAAUGUUAGACCUUACUCUUUCCCAGGACGUUUGGCCACCGUUGGAGCUUUUCUAGAGCUCUCUCUAGUGGAGGCCUUUCCGGCAGCAAUGGCACGAAUUAGAAAUUGCACGGCUGCACCUUUAACUUUCAUGAACAUAGUGCAUUGCUUUAUCUUAAAGAAAAAUACUAAAUGGAAACACAGUCCGUCCUAAUACGUACCCGUUUAUACUGACAGUCUCCUCAAGUCCUCAACCUUAAGUCUACUACCAAUGAUAAUAGGUUUUCCCCUUCUGUUUUUUACUGCCAAUGUUCACUGCUUGUGCAAAAAUUUACCUGGAUCACGUGGCACAUUUGAAACAAUUUCAAGGACCUUGAAGUGACAUUGUUUACAUGAACGAGCUUAUAAUGUUGGUAAGAAUCGGCGAGAAAAUAACGUGUGCAUUCCUAGACUUAAAUAUGCAAUGCACUGAAUGUAGAAAUACGUUAGGUCACGAACGACGGCAAAAAUCCCACAAUACCUUCCAAAUAAAAUGGCUGGUGGCACUGUGGUGAACCUUGACAGUGAGACCGGGGCAGAUUAGAUUUACUAACAUCAAGUGUCGAAAGGCACGCUGCAGGUUAGUUCAGACUGCUUUGCAUGCAUACACCAUCUGUGGGAUCAAGCUUUUCCCACAAUACUCUGGCUGUUUCCCAUCGUACGGAGCAAUCUUAAGUGUUUUCUUUUGCACAUUUUGUGUGCGUUUGCAUAACAAUGCAUUGCAAGUUCUUACGCGCUAAAAUGCGCCACAAGGUACGUGACCGAUAUAGAUAAAAAAUGCUAUCUUUAAAACAAGGCCUUGAAAAACCAAAAUAAUGCCUCAUUCUGAGUCUAAGGUGUUGUUGAUCGUGUCUGUGUUAAAUCUAACACCGCCGUGUUUAGAAUUUGCCGUUUAGUCGGGAGUGUAUCCUAGGAUAAGCACAGCGUUGUACAGUGGUAAGUGCUUGCUUGCUUCGCUCUCAUUUGUGAUCAUCGGAGCAGGGAAGCCCAUCGUGUGUGUGCGAGCGCACAUUGUAUAUGCUGUAGAUAUCCUACAGUGUUCGAGCCAUUGUCUUGUACUCUAUGGCAUGUGACUAACAAUGUGCUGUCCUCUAUAUGCUUUGUAAGUGGUUUUAGUGUCAUAGAUUGUAAUGAUUUGCUGUAUUUAUUUGGUGGCUAUGUGUACUCCCAGCGGAGUUUAUUUAUUGCUAUUUAUGAAAUAAAGAUAU